AACCAAAGCUCUCCCACUACCCGUCGUACUUCUCAUUGGUUAAACUCAAACUCAGCUGCGGAGAUAUGUUCAACGAGUCACGGUGAGGCGGGAAAAUCUGUCAUAAUUGCAAAGUGUUGCUGCAAUUAGUAUAUUUCUAAUCAACCUACAAGAUGCCAGAUAUCACGAUUAAUGAUAUUAUUGUCAGCUUCCCUUUUAAACCGUAUCCCGUACAGGAGGAAUAUAUGCGUAAAGUGAUAGAAUGUCUGCAAAAUGGUCAACACGGUGUAUUGGAAUCUCCCACAGGCACUGGAAAGACUCUUAGUCUGUUAUGUUCCUCGUUAAGCUGGCUUUUAGCGAAGAAAGCUCAAUUACAAGCUCAAGUAAUAGCAAUUGAGAAGAAAGACCUUGGAGGGAAUUUUUUUAAGCAUUUAACCAGUGGACUUGAAAAAGCAGCAGGAGUACCUGACAAUCUCCAAAAUUUUGGUUGGGCCAUGCCUAAAGUCAUUUAUGCAUCUCGAACACAUUCUCAACUUUCUCAAGCUAUGCACGAGUUGAAGAGAACCUCGUACAAGCAUAUAUCCACAGCUGUGCUGGGAUCUCGAGAUCAAUUGUGUAUUCAUCCAGAAGUUUCUAAAGAAACAACAACUUUUAAUAAGAUACAUAUGUGCCAUUCCAAAGUAAAGUCAAGAACUUGUUUUUAUUUCAAUAAUGUUGAGACCAGAAAGGAUGAUCCUACCUUUAGGCAAGAAAUACUAGAUAUAGAAGACCUAGUUAAAGCUGGACAGAAGCACAAGUGCUGCCCUUAUUUCUUGGCAAAGGAAUUAAAACAAAGCGCGGAUAUCGUUUUUAUGCCUUAUAAUUAUUUGCUUGAUCCUAAAACACGCAAGUCACAAGGUAUAGACUUACAAAAUACUGUAGUAUUGCUGGAUGAAGCUCACAAUGUUGAAAAAGUUUGCGAAGAAGCAGCGUCAUUACAGAUAAGUAGUACAGAUGUUGCAAUGUGUAUCGACGAAGUAACUGGAAUAAUGCAAGAUAUAGCUAAGGAAGCGGAACUACAGAAUGACUUCCUAACAGAAAAUGUCCAAAGAGAUUUCACAGCGGAGGAUUUAUGCAUCUUAAAGGCGAUGUUUUUGGAGCUGGAGAAAGCGAUCGAUUCCAUUGAACUGAAAAAUCGUAACGAAGGAGACACUUUGCCAGGUGGAUUUAUUUUUGAACUGCUUGAAAAAGCUGAGUUGACACAUGGCAAAGAGCAAAUCGUGGUGGAGAAAUUGGAGAAGAUCGUCUUGUAUCUCACAACUACCAGUACUUCGCCAUUUGCGAGGAAGGGAAAUGCUCUGCAAAAAUUUUGUGAUUUACUGAAGAUUGCGUUUAAUAGCGGUGCUUCUAUCGUGCGUCACAUGGAAAAGGUGAAGCGCUGUUACAAAGUUCAUAUACAGAUAGAAGAACAGAAGAAGAACUAUAAGAGUGACAUUUGGGAGAGCAAAAAGACAACGACAAAAGCUGACGGAAAGCUUAUCAGUUACUGGUGUUUCAGUCCUGGUUUCGGUAUGCAACAAAUGGUAGAACAAGGGGUACGUUCGGUGGUGCUCACGAGCGGUACAUUAUCUCCGUUGAAACCAUUUAUAUCCGAACUUGGUAUACCAAUCGCCGUUCAAUUAGAGAAUCCGCAUAUUGUGACGAAGGAACAAAUGUGUGUUGGUGUUCUCAGCCAAGGACCGGAUAAUCACCCGCUUAAUUCGUCUUACAAUACCAGGAAUGAUCCGAAAUACAUUGCGUCUCUUGGAAGAACAAUAUAUAACUUCAGUUGCAUUGUACCUCACGGUUUAUUAAUAUUUUUCCCUUCAUAUCCGAUCAUGAAGAAGUGUAGGGACGAUUGGCAAAAUAUGGGUCUGUGGACGCAAAUUACCGAGCGUAAGCCUAUUUAUGUAGAACCCAACUCUAAGGAUGGAUUUGUCAAUGUGAUGAAUGAGUAUUAUCAAAAGAUCAAAGACCCGUCGUGCAAGGGGGCCGUUUUUAUGGCGGUGUGCAGAGGAAAAGUCAGCGAGGGUCUGGACUUUGCUAACGCGAACGGCAGGGCUGUAUUAAUCAUCGGUCUUCCGUUUCCGCCUUUGAAAGACCCGCGAGUUAUGCUGAAGCAAAGAUACUUGGAGGAAAUAAGAACUGCAGAAAAACAGGGUUUAACAGGGCAAGAAUGGUAUCAGCUCGAGGCAUCACGGGCUGUUAAUCAAGCUAUUGGUAGAAUAAUAAGACAUAAAAACGACUAUGGUGCUGUGAUACUCUGUGAUUGUAGAUUUGAGAACCCAAACUUUAAGAAACAAUUGUCUGCUUGGCUCAGGCCGUACGUCAAGAAAUUUACGAAUUUCGGUAUGAUCACAAAAGAAUUACGGGAAUUCUUCAGAUAUGCAGAGAGUACCCUGCCGCAACCUGAUGCCACUCACUCACAAUAUGGGAAUAAUAUUGUUCCACUACCUGCUGUGGGUGCCAGAUUUGAAACAACGGUGCCACACUCGCUCAAACAGAAAACACAAAGCAAUAUCGUAACAACGAAAUCAACAAAUGAUAGCUUUAAUCUAGAUAUGUAUUUGAACGAAAGUGCAAAAGACAAACAGUCACUGAAGCCACAAUCCUCGAUCAAUUUUAGUACUUGCAAACUAAAAGACCAUCAGAGUACUUGCGAACUAGCAAAGCACGUCAAUGAGCCAGCCGUGAAACGUAGAAAAAUUAAUAUUUUGCCACCUAAAGUUGAUACAUAUUUUUCUGGCCCUUCCACCGUUCCAUCAGCAGAUCCGGGAAGUAAUUCUAUAAGUUUCACACAAAGUGAUAAAGAGGCCAAUAAGGAUGACAAAAAGACACUGGGAAAACAAUAUUUAAAAGAUGUAAAACAGGCAUUAUCAGUGAGUGAUUAUAAGUUGUUCGCAACAAUGAUACAGAGAUAUACACAAAGUGGCGAUUUCGAUGAAUUGCUGAAAACAUUAUCGAGUUUAUUUCCACCGAGCAGACAGUUGCAACAUUUAUUUAUAGGAUUUAAAAGUUUUCUGAAAAAACAGCAUAUAGCGACAUUUGAGAAUUAUACAAAGAACUUAAAACGUCCUUAGUUGUAUCAAUUUAGAAUAUUUAAAAGGUAUUAUACGGAUAUAUUGGAUCAACAUGUAUAUAUUUUUAUUUAUUUUAUCAUAUAAACUAUUUUUGGUAUAGAUUAAUAAAAAGGAAAGAAUCAUUAAUAAAUAUUUCCGUGUUUUUUAACAAUUGAUUAAACUUCAUGCUGAAUAUAAAAUGAUGUAGAUAUCAUCAUAGUGAGAUCAAGAAAAGAUUUGAAAGAUAUUUCCCAUUUAUGUAGUA